UCCAGAUCUAUAUAUUAUCACUAAUUACUGGCUUUCUCUCUCCUCUUCUUCUCCGAUUAUAUUACCCAAUUCAAGAUUCUACCUCCUACCCAGAUUAUCUCUCCCGAUUUUAUCUCUACCCAUCUGAGUUAUUUCUUCUGGGUACGUAUUAAUUAAUUCGGGUUCGGGUUGAUUUUUGUAUUUUCGGACCCUAAUUGAUGGCGUGUUUGGGGCUCCGUUCAACCGGAGGAGUGACAAUCCGGGCGAACCGAGUUGGAGACUGGGUCAAGAUACCAACCCCGAGUCAAGUCCAGGUUGCUUCACAGCCAAUAAGGGCGAAACCAAUGGUGGCGAAGUGCUCUGCUUCGGCGGCGUCAAUAGAGAUGACGAGAGGUUCGCCGGAGAAAUUCGAUCAUUGGAUACAGGAAUCAGUUGGGGAAAUCGUGAAGAAUCUCAAAGAAGCGCCGUUAUUCGUCCACGUGUACGGCGGUGCCGCUAAUACGACGGUAAAGACGGAAACAGCGGUGGCGGAAAAUUGGGGCCACUUGAAAGGUAAAUGGGUAAAAGGGGAGGAGCCGUCACCGGAAGGGAUCAUACUAGUGGAGGAGUUGAAGGAAGAAGACGAUGUUGGGAUUUUGGAGGGGCAAAACGGGGAUUGCACAAAAGCAUGGGGGGUUUUAAUUCAAGGGAAAGGUGAAGAUGGUGGAGUAGCUUGUUAUUUGUUGAAGACGAGUAGAGUUGGGUGUGGUAAUUUGGGGUUAUUUUGUACACAUUAUUGUUUGGUUAGAGUUAAUAGUUUUAGGGAAACGGCUAGAUCACAACUUACUAGUUGUUGGUUGGUAUAGUUAAAUUUGGAUUAUAUCAAUUGUGAUUAUAUUGUAAUUAAUUAAUUAAGUGCGUUUCUUCA